AUGCAUCGAAGAUGGCUGUCAUUGCCGUUGCUGUCCAGCUGUGUCUCCGCCUUCUAUCCCUACCACAGCAGCGAUGGCGGAGAGUCAAAUAGCAAAAGAUUUAUUCCUCUGCACUUGGACUCUCCAUCCUCUGAUGACUCUGGCGUCGUUACGCUUGAUAUCAAGAGAAUGCCCGCCAAGCGAGACAAUCAGUUUCCCGUGGUCGUUUCCUCCAAACCCGCCGCGCCCAAUGCCAUGGCCAUCAACCAGGACGGUCAAGACUAUACCUACUUCUCAACCAUCAAAUUCGGAUCUAAGGGGCAAGAGAUGUACAUGCUACUGGACACUGGAUCAGCUAACACCUGGGUCAUGGGUUCAAGCUGCUCGUCGAAUGCUUGUAAGAUCCACAACACGUUCGGGGCGUCGGACUCGACCACCCUACACACAACCACCCAGGCGUGGAGUAUGAGUUACGGUACGGGGGAGGUCCAGGGCGUGGUGGUCAACGAUACCAUCAGUUUCGCCAAUUACACGCUUGAGAUGGGAUUCGGUCUCGCAUCUAAUGCGUCGGACGACUUCAACAAUUACCCCAUGGAUGGCAUAUUAGGCCUCGGACGACCUAGUUCGGAUCAACUGGGUACUCCGACAGUCAUGCAAGUGCUGGACCAGCAAGGCGAUCUGUCGGACAACGUGGUGGGCAUCCACCUGCAACGGAAUGCCGAUGGAGCCAAGGACGGACAAAUCACGUUUGGCGGUGUUGACUCGUCCAAGUUCAAUGGCAAGAUUGGAUACACCAAGACCGCCAACCAGCAGAACUGGGAGAUUGCAGCGGAUGAUGCUGGGGUUGAUGGAAAAGGAGCGGGUUUCAGUGGCAAGAGCGCCAUUAUCGACACUGGCACGUCUUAUGUCCUGAUGCCUCCUUCAGACGCGGCUACCUUGCACGCGUUGAUUUCCGGGAGUUCCCACAACGGCGAGGUCUACAUUGUGCCCUGCUCAUCCACCGCGAGUGUGUACUUCACCUUCUCAGGUGUGAAGUAUGCAAUCUCUCCCAAGGAUUAUGUGGGCAAGGAAAGCGGAAGCGGCUGCCAAAGCAACAUCGUCGGCCAUCAGGCAUUUGGACCAGACCAAUGGAUCCUGGGCGAUGUAUUUCUCAAGAACGUCUACGCGGUUUUCGACUUCGACAACAACCGGAUAGGCUUCGGGACGAAAUCCAACGCAGACGACGCAUCUCCUUCGUCAUCGGCAUCUUCAACAGCGAGCGGCACGUCCUCGCCCAGCUCAACUGCUUCCGACACUGCUUCAUCGGCGUCGCACACGUCGGCUUCGAAAUCGUCAAGCAAAAUGGCGACCGCCACAACCGGAAGCAGUUCGACGGAGUCCACAGGCGCAGCGGCCACGACUUCCGCUGGGACAGGCGACAGUAGUCCAUUUGGAGACUCGACUACGAGCACCAACGCGGCUCCUGGGACGACAGUCCACCUUCUGUCUGUGCUGCUGCUUGCUAUUGUCAUUGGAUAUAUUGUGUAA